GUAAAAAUAUGUUUGAGUAUUUUUGCAAAUAUAUCAAUGCAUUUGGACACUAAUGACAGAGAAACCGUUUUACAGGCCAUAGAAUAUUUUCCUCUAACUCACCACACUAAUGAUGGGAUUUCAAGAAAGAAAAUAAAACUGCUCGUGUCAGACGUUAAAGAAAGUGUCACAUUUACUACAGAAGAAAUACAGUUCCUAAUAAAGAAAUUAAAAGAAGCUUGUGUUUAUGAUAGAGUUGAAAAGAUUAAAUCUUAUCUGAUGGACCUGACUUUAUUUUGUGUGAAUGACCACAAUAUUAGCCUGGUAAGUUGGACAAAAAAACUGUAUACAGUAGCCAGGAGUUGCAGUCGAUUGACUUAUUUAAUCAUAAAACUGUUUGAUUUCAUGCAGUUGUUUGGUCAACUGUGUUAGUUAAGCCAUUCAUCAGUGCACGUAUGCUUUGCCGUAUGAAAGGCAAACAACAUUUU